UAAACCCUUCUCCUCGCUUUCACACUAUUUAACUCAUAUCUAUACCUUUUCGUUUUUUCCUGCUUUCUCUGUCCAUUUCUUCCCUUACAUCAGGAGCUAUGAUUCGCCUGUUUAAAGUAAAGGAGAAGCAGAAAGAACUUGCUGAAAAUGCCAAUGGAGGGGUACCCAUCAAAAAGCAAACUGCUGGAGAAUUACGUCUUCAUAAGGAUAUUUCUGAGCUGAACCUGCCUAAAUCAUGCACCAUUUCAUUUCCCAACGGCAAGGACAACCUGAUGAAUUUUGAGGUUUCAAUUCGACCGGAUGAAGGAUAUUAUUUAGGUGGCACAUUUCUGUUCUCUUUCCAAGUUUCUCCCAUCUAUCCACAUGAGGCACCUAAGGUUAAGUGCAAGACCAAGGUUUAUCAUCCUAACAUUGACUUGGAAGGAAAUGUCUGCCUCAACAUCUUGCGUGAAGACUGGAAACCAGUCCUCAAUAUAAACACCAUUAUAUAUGGAUUAUAUCAUCUUUUCACGGAACCAAAUUAUGAGGAUCCCCUUAAUCAUGAUGCUGCUGCUGUGUUGAGGGAUAACCCAAAAAUGUUCGAGUCUAAUGUGAGAAGAGCUAUGGCUGGAGGAUAUGUGGGGCAAACCUUUUUCCCGCGGUGUAUUUAGCUUUUGUUUGGUGGCGCAAAGUGCCAGUUCACUUGCCAUAUUAAUACUUGAAUGCCUGUGGUUGUAAAAUUUGUCUGCAAUUUAAAUUCUGUCGUCCUUUUCAAUUUUCUGACUGGUGUUGGGGGCAUUAGUUCCUAGAAGUGCAACUUAAAACAGAAACAUAAUGUGUAUGUUACUGUAACUCAAAUCUUAUGUGAUUUGUAUGUUUACAUGUUA